AUGAAGGCGAUCAUGAAAGCCAGAGUUUGUACAAGAAAGGAGCUUGCUGCCAUUUUUCUCUUUCUGGCUGUCCUUGUCUUCACCUUUCUGCUACAUAACACAGACGUUCUGAAGGUGAGAACUUGGAAUAAAGGGAACUCCACCAUCAUCAUCCCGAAAGUCUCCACUGAGCCUGACAUGCAUCACAGCUUCUGCACCUUCCAGCCACGAUCACCUGAGGAUGCUCUGGAGGAACUCCUCCUACUAGACUCCAUUGCUUGGCCUGAAGCUCCACCUCUGUCAGAUCCUCUUUCCCUGGAUCAGACCAGUGAUCCAGCUCACAGCACCUUCACCAUUCUCCCAGGGAGGACAGGAGGACAGUGGCAUGUCGGCGAUCAGCUGGAGAUUAUUAUCAAAAUGUCUGAUUUCCAUGGCCGUCCCAAGAAGUCUGGGAGAGACUUCUUGGUGGCCCGCCUGCACAAUCAGAAGCUUGGUGCUGGUGUGGUUGGGCAAGUGAUGGAUCAUCUCAAUGGCAGCUACUCUGCUGUUUUCUCUUUACUCUGGGAAGGAGACGCACAGGUUGAGGUGAUGCUGGUUCACCCUCGUGAGGCUAUUCAAGUGCUGAACAGGUUGAACAGUGAACAGCCUGACAGGAUUUACUUCAAAAGUGUCUUCCAAUCUGGCUCACUUUCUGAAACGACUUUCUGUAAUGUGUGCCUACGUCCAACCCAGCCAUUGUGCAACUACACUGACCUCCGUACAGGCGAACCUUGGUUCUGCUACAAGCCAAAAAAUUUGAGUUGUGAUGCCAGGAUCAACCAUGCUAUGGGAGGAAUCAAACAAAACCUCAAGGCCAAUGAGAACAAACUCUUUCAAAGUGGCAUCAACUUGAAAGUCUCCAUUCAGACUUCAGGACCGGCCAGUGUUACUGUGUUGCCUAAAAAGCAAGAUCAAUCAGAGGUGAAGAGCAGCAUUGUGACAUCUGGACCCUCUGGCUAUUACUACCAGGGUGUGUGGCGAGCACUAGAUGGCACCACAGUUCACCAGUUCAACAAUGCCUCUGCCAUCACUCAGUGUCUGAAAGGCAAAGUGGUCCACAUGUAUGGAGAUUCCACUGUCAGGCAGUUUUAUGAAUACCUCAACGCAGCACUACCAGAUCUUAAGGAGUUUGACCUGCACAGCCCAAAACAAGCUGGACCUUACAUCUCCUUGGACUAUGCAAACAACAUCUUGGUGACGUCCCGCUUCCAUGGUCCUCCGAUCCGUAUCGUUGUUGUCUCAACCAGUGAGCUUCGAUAUAUUGCCAAUGAACUGGAUGGUGUCAUCGGAGGCACCAACACUGUUGUAGUUUUUGGCGUCUGGGCUCACUUUGCCACUUUUCCCAUGGAGAUCUACAUCCGGCGGCUGCAGAACAUCCGCAGGGCGGUGGUGCGGCUGCUGGACAGGUCUCCAGGUACGCUGGUCAUCAUCCGGACAGGAAACCUCAAAGCUUUGUCGCUUCAUGGGUCGUUAACCAACAGUGACUGGCUCUCACUGCAGUGUAACAAUGUGCUGAGAACCAUGUUCAAAGGACUGAAUGUUCAUCUGAUCGAUGCCUGGGAGAUGGUCCUCGCCCACCACCUGCCACACAACCUCCACCCACCACGUCCCAUUAUUAAGAAUAUGGUGAACAUUCUCUUGUCACACAUAUGCCCACAAAAGGGCGGCUAGAUGGGGUUGAUUGGUGGGUGGGGGUAUUAAAGGACAUGGUGAGUGUACACGUUAUAUCCUUGUUACUACCAAGUGAUUUAACUGAUAAAUUGGUGGAAAGUGUCUUCUUUAAACCUUUUCCUGUUUUAUUUACUCAUUAAUGUAUACAUUUUGUCACUGUGAUUAAAUGGGGAAAAAAGAAGUAAAGUACAUCACUGUUACACCACAGUAAUUUUAUAAUCUCAUUCUCACAGAAAUAAAUUGUGAUUACAAGCUGUCAUGUUUAGGCUUGGUAAAUCAUUGAUACGU